AUGGCUCCCAAUACCACAUCUCCCAGUGCGCUUCAACUACCAUCAUCCAAUCCUGGUCCUGCGUCCCCCUCAAAACGGCCCGUGACGCCAACCUCCGCAUCUUCAACUCGCACCGGCAUCGUCGUCUUCUCAGGAGGCAGCGCCGCCAACAGCCUAGUGGACAUAUUCGAGCGCGUGCGAGAAGCAAACAAAACCUCCCUAAGCUAUGUCAUUCCCAUUUCCGACAAUGGCGGCAGCACAAGCGAGAUUAUCCGCGUCUUUGGCGGACCAGGUAUUGGUGAUGUGCGCUCACGACUCGUGAGACUCAUACCGGACAAUGAUGCCCCCGAAACAGUUGCUAUCAAGCAUCUCUUCAACUACCGCCUCGCCAAGACCUACGAAGCCGCGAGAGCAGAGUGGUUCGAAAUCCUAGACGCCGCACACCCUCUAUGGAUCAACGUCUCAUCCCCCAAGAGAGAACUCAUACGCUCAUAUCUAAAUAGCUUCAAUCUGGAAGUAAUCAAGCGCAUGAGACCAAGCAGUCGGUUUGACUUUUCCAAAGCCAGCAUCGGAAACCUCUUUCUCACCGGUGCGCGCCUCUUCACAGGCAGCUUCGAAGCAGCCAUAUAUCUGCUGAGCUCCAUCUGCGCUGUCCCAGACAGGAUUUCCGUGCUGCCGGCUCUCAACACAAAUUUCGCCCACCACAUUGCCGCAGGGUUGCAGGACGGAACGGUAAUCACCGGACAGAAUGACAUUUCCCAUCCCAGUUAUCCGACUGCGGCGGUCCCAGGCGCAGGCACCGGUGCAUUAACCACGGGUCUGACCACGGGCAUGCAAACUCCGGCGCUGUCAGUAGGCCACGACACGGAGGAGCAUGACAAGAUUGAAGACGCAAACCUCCCGGGUUCGCUGCCCGCUCUCCGCAGACCAGCGAUUGUCUUCUCAAAGGAAGAGGAUGAGGACUUGCCCUCGCGGAUCGACAGAAUAUGGUACAUCAAUCCCUAUGGGCAGGAAAUUCGCAUCCCUGCCAAUCCUCGCGUUUUAGACGCCAUCAACACUGCAAACACCGUCGUCUACUGCAUAGGAUCGCUGUUUACGUCCCUAAUUCCCAACCUGGUGCUGAAGGGCGUGGGGGAAGCAAUUGCCAAUCCCAUGAUACGCAACAAGAUUCUCAUCCUGAACGGCACAACUGACCGAGAGACCGGGCCGUCUGAUGACCCAUUUACGGCAUUAGACUUUGUGGGGGCUAUUGCAAACGCCUGCGCUGACUCGAGGGGAUGGCAUAAACCGUCCGAGGACGAGUAUAAUCUGUACGUGACGCAUGUGAUACAUCUCGAAGGGCUGGCGUCACCAAAAGUAGACAAGCAGAAGUUUGGGCAGUUAGGAAUCGAUACGAUACGACUCUACGGACCAAAAGAUGAGCUUGGGCGUGGUGGACGAUAUGAUGCAACGGCCUUGGGACAGACAUUAGAGACAGUUGUGGGCAGAAAGGAUAUCCGCGUGGAUAGAAGUCGACGAAACACUCUAGUCGGUUAG